AUGCUGCAUGUCCCUUGCUGUCGGAGAGUGACAAAUGUAGUUUCCGAUGGAGACCUUAUUGUCUGUACCCAGCAGGACCAGAACGAGGCUCCUAAUGUCAAUCUGUUUCUUCAGAUUGGAGUUGUGACGUCAUAUUACCAUCUGUAUCGGAACAAAAAUUGGAGAAACAAAAGUUGUAGUCAUAUUUUAAACAGAAUCGGGCACCUGUCGAUCGAGUCUCCCCAACCCCCACACAUCGCGGGCGAAUGGUCAUCACACAGAUGCGAAGUUCGACCUGGACCAGAAUUUAUUUUACGUAGAUAUCAAUUUCGAAGACAUCAUUUUAAACUGCAUCAGUAUUACUACAAAGACCCCGAAUGUAGACAUCCAUCCUAUGGCGUCGUAGCAGAAGGUCAUUACAGACACCAGCGGCCAUCUUGGAUUGUUCAGGGAGGCACCGAAACUGCAUAUACAGUUCAUAACGUCUCCGUUAUACCAUAUGCAGAAAAUAUAGCAAAGAAAUUUACAAAAAUUUCAAAACUUUGUUCUGAAAUUUCAAACACAAAUUUCAGUACAUUUAGGAAAACUCAGAUUGUAAAUUUUCCUCCAUUUUCAAGAAAUUCUCAAGCAUCAAAAGACUAUGACUGUAGCUUUGUGUUCAACCUUACAUUCCACGAAUUACAGUUGAUUCGUUUAGAAAUACAUCAUCAUCACGUGUAUAGUUCCACUAAGUACUUCAGAGUGGUCAAAGCCAGAAGGGCGCGGUCAGACAAAGAAUUAUUUCUAGGGGACAUUCACACUGACAUCAAACAGCGGGCAUCAUAUAGACCCACUGCAUACCAAGCGGCACUUAAGCCUGCUCAUACAAGGAAAUGCCAUGUGUGCAGUCUAAUUGCGAACUCGCACGACUUUCUACCUCCCCAACUGAAGAGUAAACGUUUCGAUGACUUUGACCUUCCCGGAGAGUGGGUCAGCACGAGAUGCGAGACUCGACAAUACGGACAAUUUUUAACGAGACAUCUAACUUUUCAUCCCGAUGGAAGAUCAUGGAGUGGACAAUACGACUUCUACACAGACCCUUUGUGUCUGCAUUCAUCAUUUUCGUUAAUGGUCAAAGGCACAUAUGCGACAAAAGCUAAUUUCAUUUCUGUUCUUGGGGCUAAAAAAUGUAACUUUCAAAUUCAUAAUCUUAAAGUCAAACCAAUGUCCCAAACGAUCACACAAAGCCUAAAUAUAUUUGGCGGGCAGGGUUGCGGAAGACCCCAUUCUUGGGAAAAUGGCGUUGAACAGGAUGUGACGUCAUCUGGAGGUUGUGUAUCUCUUGGAGUAGUGUUGCAGACUGUGGAGCACGAAGUUUUAAAAAUUGAGAAAAUCAAUAAUAAAAGAUAUCUAUAUAUUGGACAGAGACCUACGGACAAAGGUGUGCGUCCAUUGGACGAAUGGCCGACGUCUUUUCAGGAACCUUUAAUUCAGUGCUCAGAUUCCCUUGUAACACCAAAACCAGUGCGGCCUAAAGUGACCAAUCGAUUACCUAAAUUCCAAAGGCUUCAAUCGCCUUCAUCAGCAAACGAUAUACACGGUUGUCUAGUUCAACACGUGCUUCUUGUUGUAGUUAGUUUUCUCCUUGUCGCCGACUUAUGAUUUA